AUGGAACCAGGGAAUGAUACACACCGUUCAGAAUUCCUUCUACUGGGGUUUUCAGAAGAACCAGAAUUGCAGCCCCUCCUAUUUGGGCUCUUCCUCUCCAUGUACCUGAUCACCGUGUGUGGAAACCUGCUCAUCAUCCUGGCCACCAUCUCCGACUCCCACCUGCACACCCCCAUGUACUUCUUCCUCUCCAACCUGUCCUUUGUAGACAUCUGUCUCACCUCCACCACCGUCCCAAAGCUGCUGGUGAACAUCCAGACACAGAGCAAGGUCAUCACCUAUGCAGGCUGCAUCACUCAGAUGAACUUUUUUGUACUCUUCAUAGUGUUGGACAGCUUCCUCCUGACCACCAUGGCCUAUGACCGAUUUGUGGCCAUCUGUCAUCCCCUGCACUACACGGUCAUCAUGAACCUCCAACUUUGUGUGUUAGUUGUUCUCAUAUCCUGGAUCAUGUGUGUCUUACAUUCCUUGUUACAUAGCUUAAUGAUAUUACGGCUGUCCUUCUGCACACAGGUGGAGAUCCCCCACUUUUUCUGUGAACUCAAUCAGGUGGUCCACCUUGCCUGCUCUGACACCUUUUUAAAUGACGUGGUGAUGUAUUUUGCAGUUGCGAUGAUGGCUGGUAGUCCUCUUGCUGGGAUCUUUUACUCUUACUGUAAGAUAGUUUCCUCCAUUCGUGCAAUCCCAUCAGCUCAGGGGAAGUACAAGGCAUUUUCCACCUGUGCCUCUCACCUCUCAGUUGUCUCCUUAUUUUAUUGUACAGGCCUGGGUGUGUAUUUUAGUGCUGGUGCUGCCCACAGCCCACACUCAAGUGCAGCAGCCUCGGUGAUGUACACUGUGGUCACCCCCAUGCUGAACCCCUUCAUCUACAGUCUGAGGAAUAAAGACAUAAAGAGGACUCUGAGAAGAUUCUUUGAGAGGGACACUAGAGAAGGGUCAACUAUUCUGGGGCCAAACAAAUGA